AUGAUAAAAUCUGUCAAUUCCCGCCGAGAGCUCGGGAUGAGUUGUCGGGUUUCCACCACAAUUAUCAGUCCCUCUUCAAAAUUUGUUGAAGUCAUUACUGACUACCUCUUGGCGCUUAUCGUGCCUCACAUAUAUUUUUCUGGGUUCAAGACCGGAAAGUCUAGGCCCCCCGGAAUCAUCGUAUCUUUCGAGACAGGUUGA